AUGGACCACUUUUUGAACUCUGCAGGCAAGAAACUCUUUGAGAGGCAUUUGCAGCAAUAUGCUCCUACAGAUCCAAUGUACGAAUCUUAUGUCGAUGCCAAGGGCAAAGAACGUCGCAGAAGGCGUGCAAUUCCGCCUGGCUUAUCUUCUCGGGACGCAAAAAUCCUUAAAUCUGUGCAACGUCGUGCACACUACCUCGACAAAGGAUUCUCUCUGUGUGGCUUGCGUUUCGGGUGGACAUUUAUUAUUGGUAUCAUCCCGGGCGCUGGUGAUGUAGCAGAUGCCAGCCUAAAUUACCUUCUCGUCGUCCGCAAAGCUCGACAAGCCGAUAUUCCACCCUGGCUUCUUCGUCGCAUGCUCGCCAACAAUGCGGUUAGCGCCGCUGUCGGUCUGAUACCAUUCGCAGGAGAUGUGGUACUCGCAGCGUUCAAGGCCAAUUCCCGGAACGCCGCACUCCUAGAAGAAUUCUUGAGGAUUAGAGGAGAGGAGUUUAUGAAGCUCGGAGUUGCUGGUUCUGCCGCUGCCGCGGACAAGAAUCAAACUAAAGGAAAGGGAAAGAUGGUGGCCCAUGGUGUGUCCAAAACCGACGCAGAGCAGGUCAAACCAGGGGCGGGUCUUGAAGCUGGUGUAAUACCGGGAGGCACGACUGUCAUAGUUAGUGACUCUAAGCAAGCUCCUACCCGCACACCUGGAAGCGGAAAGAGUGGAAAGAGUGUCGGUCGCAAAGGAUUCGGGUCGUUUUUUGCAAAGAGUGGGAAACUGCCUGCCCCGGGAGAGAAAGGAAGGUUUGUCGAGAAUGUCGAUGGUGGUCAACAUCAGAGCUAA